CUUGUCUUGCUGAUUCACUGUUGCUGUGAAAACAGGGCUGAGCAUGCUGUUGAGAUCCACAGAAACCAGAGGAAACUAGUCAUAAAAACCCUGAGUACUGACUAUCAGCUGAUAGAUCUCUUCCUGAUAGCGCCUCAUAACAGCUCACACUUUUUUCCAGACUAGAGCAAAUCUUCAGGAGCCGACCAGGAUCCAGAGCUGUGUCAGCCCCACUUGGCAGUGAUCUCUUUCCCCAUGCUUGAGGGAGCCGAGCUGUACUUCAACGUGGACCAUGGCUACCUGGAAGGCCUGGUGCGUGGGUGCAAGGCCAGCCUCCUGACCCAGCAGGACUACAUCAACCUGGUCCAGUGCGAGACCCUGGAAGAUGUGAAAAUUCAUCUCCAGACCACUGAUUAUGGCAACUUCUUGGCUAAUCAAACAAAUCCUCUUACUGUUUCCAAAAUUGACACGGAGAUGAGGAAAAAGCUAUGCAGAGAAUUUGAAUAUUUCCGGAAUCAUUCCCUGGAACCGCUGAGCACAUUUUUUACGUACAUGACGUGCAGUUACAUGAUAGACAAUGUGAUUCUACUGAUGAAUGGUGCCUUGCAAAAAAAAUCGGUGAAAGAAAUUCUGGUCAAGUGCCACCCAUUGGGCCGUUUCACAGAAAUGGAAGCUGUCAACAUUGCGGAGACACCUUCUGAUCUCUUUAAUGCUGUUCUGGUUGAAACACCAUUAGCUCCAUUCUUUCAAGACUGUAUGUCUGAAAAUACCCUUGAUGAACUGAAUAUUGAAUUACUGCGCAAUAAAUUGUACAAAUCUUACCUCGAGGCAUUCUAUAAAUUUUGUAAGAAUCAUGGUGAUGUCACUGCAGAAAUCAUGUGUCCCAUUCUUGAGUUUGAGGCUGACAGACGGGCUUUUAUCAUCACUCUCAACUCCUUUGGCACUGAACUGAGCAAGGAUGACCGGGAGACCCUCUACCCGACCUGUGGCAAGCUCUAUCCUGAAGGAUUGCGCCUGUUGGCUCAAGCAGAAGACUUCGAUCAGAUGAGAAGAGUAGCAGACCAUUAUGGAGUAUACAAGCCUUUGUUUGAGGCUGUGGGUGAUGGCAAUGGAGGAAAGACAUUGGAGGAUGUGUUUUAUGAGCGUGAGGUACAAAUGAAUGUGCUGGCAUUCAACAGGCAAUUCCACUAUGGUGUGUUUUACGCAUACACAAAGCUGAAGGAACAAGAAAUGAGAAAUAUCGUAUGGAUAGCAGAAUGCAUUUCACAAAGACAUCGAACUAAAAUUAACAGCUACAUUCCAAUUUUAUAACUCAUUGUGGGGCCUCAAAUGUAGAAAAUCUUCAAUAUGAAGAAGAGGUUCUGAGGAAAAUAAAAAGAAUUGUGUUACAAUUAUCUGGGUUACACAAAAAUAAUUCACACUACACCUUCACAAGCUGCAGACCCACCAGAAAUAUAGUAAACCAACAAAGUGGUUUUUUUUUUUUUCCAGUAGCCUUAAAUUUUGUUUCCACAUUUAUGUCUUCCUCUUUACCAGACUUUAGACAUUAAUUCUAACUAACUGUAUGGUACUUUUCCUAUUCUUGUUUGGUUGUAUUAACAAUCAGAUCUAAUUAAAAUGUUUUACUUUUGCUUUCCCA